AUGGCGGACAAUUCCAAAGCUCUUGAUGUACUUGGAGGACCGAUGAUAACGGUAUUGCAUGGUCGAAAGCGCUACGUCGUGAAACUCGAAACCACAAGCAUGCAGCUGAUGAGGGAAAUCGAAAAAGUUACCUCCUUAAAACCAGAAGACCAAAUUCUUCUUAUCAAAGGACAGAAAGUUACAAGUGAAAAUGACAUCGACCUCGCAUCGCAAGGAUUGAAGGGUGGCAAGAAAGUUAUGCUGUUAGUCAGGAGAGAAGGUCAUAGUGCAAAUGGGCCCUACUCUUCUGAUAGCAGCUGUAGUGAAGUUGAAGAGAUGUGCCAGCGGGUGCGAGCCGCUAUUUCAAGGCUUGACUCGGUUGAAGCUGAACUACAGGAUUUAAAAAAGACUGCACAACCACCAGAGGGCCAUAAGAACAUGGCUACAGGGAAUCUGGGCUCUCUGAAACAAAGACUGAGAGUGAUCUCAGAAACGUGCAUGGAAAUGCUGCUCGCUCUUGACAGCGUCCAAGAUGAAAAGGCGAUCGCAACUUCGACACCACCUGCAUGGAAACUAGAAAGAAAGAGUGCCGUCGAUCGUUUGCAUCAAACUUUGAACGUGGUCGAUAAUCUUUCGCAGGGACUUAAUCACUUGCAGCAGUCACUACCACAGUAG